AUGGACAACCAUCAUGUCACCAUUGAGGAAGUCAAGGACAAAGAUGGGACACCAUUCUCCCACACAGGGCAUUACUUUGAACCUCGGGAAGAUGCAGGCUGGGCAUUGCAUGAGGAGGAGAUGAAAUUUGAAAGGUAUAGAAGAGAACAAGAGGAAGCGGAGUGGGAUUUGGCCCAGUGGCUCAUCAAGAAUCUUGGUCAGACACACACUGACGAGUUUUUGAAGCUACCAAUAAUGCGAAACCGCACAAAUUUAUCAUUUCAUAACAACUGCUCAUUCUUGCAGAGGGUUGACAGACUUCAACAUGGACCUGGAUGGAGUUGUAGGAAGGUUACUGUGCAUGGUAACCAUGAGGAUGAGAAUGGAGUGCCAUUGCAAGAAGAAGUCGAACUCUGGAGCCGCAAUCCUGUAGAGUGUGUUGAGGAGCUUAUCAGCAACCCAUUCUUCAAGGAAGAUAUGGCCUACUCGCCUGCCAGAGCAUAUGCAGACCGUGCAGGGCUGCAUAGAGUGAUCGAUGAGAUGUGGACAGCAGAGUGGUGGCACGAGACACAAAAUGCCUUGCCCAAAGGAGCCACGAUAGCGCCAAUUAUUAUAUUGUUGGACAAAACCUGCUUAUCACAACUCUUUCAUCAUUGCAUGGCUCUACUCCUCCAUUCUCUCAUUGCCGCUGGACAAGAUGGUGUCAAAAUGGUGUGUGUGGACUCACUGGUUCGUCAUGUCCACCUAAUACUGGCUGCAUAUGUCGCCAACUUCCCUGAGCAGUAUUUGGUCUCUUGCUGUAAGGAAAAUUGUUGUCCCAAGUGUCUAGUAGCAGCGAAUGAGCAAGGGGACGGAUUUGACUCAAUGAUGCAUGAUCCUGAGUCAAUGAAAGAUAUUCUGGAAAGGCACAAGAACAGUCAGCAUCCACCUGAAUUUGAGGAGAAUGGUCUAUGUGCCAUUUAUAAACCAUUCUGGGCUGAUAUGCCUCACGCCAACAUUUUUCUGGCUUUCACCCUGGAUCUUUUGCAUCAACUCCAUAAAGGAGUGUUUAAAGAUCACCUCAUGAAAUGGUGCAUUGAUAUUAUUGGGGAGGAGGAGAUGGAUAAAGGGAUCUCGACUGUGAAACAAUGGACAGGACAUGAGCAUAAAGAAAUGCAGCAAGUCUUUAUUAGCUUACUCACUGGAGCAGUGCCUAGCCAUGUCUUGGUGCUGCGAAUUCACAUGAUGGACAUGCUUGAAGCCCUACAGACUGUGUUGGGAGUGUUUCAUGCUAAUAAAGAUGUGCUGAAGGAACUUGCCAUCCGAGAACAUUUCAACAUACCAAAGCUACAUCAACUCAUACAUUAUGUCCAGUUGAUCACUUUGUUUGGCACAGCUGAUGGCUUUAACACGGAGCUUCCUGAGCACUUGCACAUUGAUUUUGCAAAGGACACUUACCACACUAGCAACAAACGCAACAAUGAAGAACAGAUGACAUUGUGGCUUCAGCGCCAGGAAGCAGUGUUCUUGCAUGGCACAUACCUGGAUUGGUUAUCGCAACAGCCUCUCUUGGCAGACUCAGAGUUGGAUUCUGAGUCAGAAGAAACAGUGGCCACGUCCUCGACAAGCCUUCAAGUAACCCAUAUCCUUGCAAAGGCUCUGGCAUAUCCUCACCAGACAGUUGAAAAGCUUGCGACAGCACAUGGUGCUGUCGAUUUUCUCCCCACUCUGCAAACCUUCCUACACAACAACCUCCUGCACACCACCAUUGUACCUGGUGUUCAAGACUGGUUUGACAUUUAUUGUCAAGUGGUCAUUGUGUUGCUGCCUGAUCGAUGGGUUGGUGAAGGACCAAAACAGUGGCAUGUUAGAGCAAGGCCAGAAGUGGUAGUGUCAGGCCACAAGCCUGUUUGCACUGCUCAAUUUGAUAUGGCAUUGAUAUCAGACAAGCCUCAGUCUUCGCGCUUAUGCACUCUUGAUGGUAAUCAAUCUGUUGCAGGUGUUCGAGUGGCUCAAGUCCAGGCUAUAUUUUCCCUCCCUCAUCAGUUCAGCACAUACUCCAGAGCCCUCGCUUACAUUGAAUGGUUCACACCUUUCAGACCACCAGACCCUUCCUCUCAAUUGUGA